UCGUCAAUAUUUCUAUAAAUUCAAGUGCUUGUUUCUCAUCCCUACAAGAACGUAAGAUUCUCUACUUCUCUCUCUUGAAAGGAAAGAAGAAAUUUUACAUAUUCCAAGAUACAACGAGAACAAGAAGAAGAGAUGGGUUUUGUUGGGUUCUUGGUUUUGGUUUUGUUCGGGAUGAUGGCCUCCGGUGUGAAUGGCGGCGGCGGCGGUUGGAUCAACGCCCAUGCCACCUUCUACGGCGGCGGUGACGCUUCCGGCAGUAUGGGCGGGGCUUGUGGGUACGGCAACCUGUACAGCCAAGGGUACGGGACGAACACUGCGGCAUUGAGCACGGCUCUGUUCAACAACGGGCUUAGCUGUGGGGCUUGCUUCGAGAUAAGAUGUGUUAGUGAUCCAAAAUGGUGUCUUCCCGGCUCCAUCGUCGCCCCCGCCACAAAUUUCUGCCCUCCCAAUAACGCUUUGCCCAACAAUGGCGGUGGAUGGUGUAACCCUCCCCAGCAGCACUUUGAUCUCUCUCAGCCUGUGUUUCAGCGCAUUGCUCAGUACAGAGCUGGUAUUGUCCCUGUUUCUUACCGAAGAGUUCCGUGCAGGAGAAGGGGAGGGAUAAGGUUCACGAUCAACGGGCACUCUUACUUCAACCUGGUUCUGAUCACCAACGUCGCCGGCGCCGGAGAUGUGCACGCAGCGGCGAUAAAGGGUGCUCGGACAGGAUGGCAGGCGAUGUCGAGGAACUGGGGACAGAACUGGCAGAGCAACUCUUACCUCAACGGACAAGCUCUCUCCUUCAAGCUCACCACCGGCGAUGGCCGCUCCCUCGUCUCCUUCAACGUCGCUCCCUCCGGCUGGUCCUUCGGCCAGACCUUCACCGGCGCUCAGUUCCGGUGAGGGACAGAGGGAAGGGCGUUUUCGUAAAAUCCCUUCUCUCAAGCACAAAAAGGAUAAUAGUAACGGUGGAGGGUAUAUUGGUAAUUCAAUCUCUCUUGAAACCGGGGUGACUGAUGAUGAUGCGUCUUCAUUGGGCCGCUUAGUUUUAUGGCAGGCCUGGAUGAUGUCAUUUUCGGGACCAUUAUAUUUUUCUUAAUUUAAUUUAGGAAUAAAAACUUAGAAAGAAAAAAGCAUUUGUAGGGUUUGGUGAAAUAUUUAAUUUACCGAUCCCAAGGUGGAUUUAUUACCACCCGCUAGUUAUUAGCAUCA